AUGGCAUUUUGGGCAGGAGAAGUGACUGUGAUGGCAUACAUUGCGAAGAACUCUUAUCAGCAAUCAAACAAUGGUGAAGUUAAGCAAGUUCCAUCAGCAGUUACAAGUCAAAGUGGUUCAUCCGGAUCUGAUUCGUUGGCUGAAAAUUGUGAGGGAUCUGAACCUACGAGCAACAGUGGAUCAAUCAGCACAGCCCUGGAAAAUGCGGGUCAUACUUUGGGAGAAGCUGAGUCUGAGCUUGUUCUGAAUCCACUUAGGCUUGCCUUUGAAACAAAAAACGUGAAAGCAGUGGAACUUGCACUGGAUUGUCUUCAUAAACUCAUUGCAUACGAUCACCUAGAAGGCGAUCCUGGUCUUGAUGGUGGUAAGAAUUCGAAAUUACUGACAGACAUCCUCAACAUGGUGUGCAGCUCUGUGGAUAAUUCAGCACCUGACAGUACUACUCUCCAAGUACUGAAAGUGCUUCUUAGUGCCAUAGCAUCUACAAAGCUGCGGGUACAUGGUGAACCAUUGCUCGGGGUCAUCAGAGUUUGCUGUAAUAUUGCUCUUAAUAGCAAGAGUCCUAUCAGCCAAGUUACAUCGAAGUCUAUGUUAACACAAAUGCUCAGUAUUAUUUUCCGGCACAUGGAAACUGAUGUGGUGGGUUCUAAUAUCCCAGAAGAAGUCUCAUCCAGUGGUCAUAAUUAUUCAAGAAUGACUUCAGACAGUGUACUGUCUGUGAAACAGAUAAAUAGUACUUCUCGUGUGUCCAUUGAGGAACUUCAGAAUCAUGCUGGCGGAGCUGAUAUAAAGGGUAUGGAGGCCGUUCUUAAGAAGGCUGUGGAUCUGGAAGAUGGAGCAAAUAUCACAAGAGGCUUAGGUCCGGAGUCCAUGUCUAUUGAACAGUCUGAUGCUGUACUUGUAUUCCACACACUCUGUAAGAUGGCUAUGAAGGAGGGCAAUGAUGAUAUGACAACCAAAACUCGUGUGCUGUCUCUGGAGCUUCUGCAGGGUUCCUUGGAAGAUGUUGGUGACUCACUUACAAAGAAUAUUCAAUUCAUUGAUUCAGUCAGGGCUCAUAUUUCGUAUGUAUUAUUGCGAGCAUCAGUGUCUCCAUCUUCUUUAUUAUUUCAGUAUGCAACGGGAAUUUUGUCAGUUCUUUUACUACGAUUCAGGGGAAGUUUCAAGGCUGAAAUUGGAGCCUUUUUUCCUGUGAUUGUUCUAAAAUCUCUGGAAGGAUCUGAUUUUAACCAAAAACUAACUCUUCUCCGGAUGCUCGAGAAAGUCUGCAAAAAUUCUCAAAUGCUAGUUGACCUCUAUGUAAAUUAUGACUGUGAUCCUGAAGCACCUAACCUGUUUGAAAAGAUGGUCGCCGCAUUAACUAAAAUCGCUCAAGGAACUCAAAAUGUAGACCCAAAGUCUUCUGCUGCGUUACAAACAGGAUCAGCGAAAACAUUAUCUCUUCAGGGUCUUGUGAAUAUACUUAAAUCACUAGCAAAUUGGGUGAAGUCUCACAAAGGAGCUGUAAAUCAGAGCAAGGACAAGGCAACCUUUGGAAAGGAAGUUUCACCUAAAGUAUUGAAUAAAUCAGAAAGUGGGGAUAACACACCAAGCAACUUUGAUAAGCUGAAUGCUCACAAGUCUACGAUUGAAGCUGUUAUCUCUGAGUUCAAUCGGCACCCCGAGAAGGGAGUUGAGUAUUUGCUAUCCAGUCAGUUGGUGGAGAGCACUCCAUCUUCAGUUGCCCAGUUUCUACAAGAUACUCCCAACUUAGACAAGGCUAUGAUUGGGGAUUACCUGGGCCGGCAUGAAGGUUUCCCUGUUGCCGUUAUGCAUGCUUAUAUAGAUUCCAUGAAGUUCUCAGGAGUGAGAUUUGAUAUUGCAAUGCGUGAAUUUCUUAAGGGGUUUCAACUUCCGAGGGAAUCUCCGAAGAUUGACUGCAUAAUGGAAAAGUUUGCAGAUCGCUAUUGUGCCGAAAAUCCUAGUCUGUUCAAGAAUGCAAACUCUGCUUAUGUGCUAGCGUACACGAUUAUAUUGCUUAAUUCAGUUGCUCACAACCCCAUGGCAUGGCAGAAAAUGUCAAAAAGUGAUUUUAUAUACUUAAACACCACAAAUACUGCUGAUGCAUCUUCUCCUCGUGAACUCUUGGAAGAGGUCUAUGAUGCCAUUAUUGAAGAAGAGAUAAAAAUGAUAGACAAUCCUGUUGAAAAAUCUGAAGCUAAUAAAGAAAAGUUAGAAGCGGAAGAAAGAAAACUUGUCGAUGUUCUCAAUUUGUCCCUCCCCAAAAGAAGCUCUUCAACUAACUCCAAGUCCGAGAACAAUGAAAUUGUCAAGCAAAUGCAGGCCUUAAUGAAAGAACAAAUUGAAAGAAAAGGGAUCUUUUACACCUCAAACAGAAUUGAGCUUGUGCGUCUCAUGGUUGAAGUUGUAGGAUGGCCUUUACUUGCUACUUUUGCAGUUACCAUGGGUGAAGCAGACUACCAACCAAGGAUUAGUCUUUGCAUGGAAGGGUUCAAAGAAGGUAUACAAAUAACACAUGCUCUCGGGAUGGACACAAUCCGCUAUGCAUUUCUGACAUCUUUGUUGAGGUAUAAUUUUUUACAUGCUCCCAAAGAUAUGCGCGGCAAACAUGUGGAAGCAUUACGCACUCUUCUUGAUUUGUGUGCUACUGAGAUCUGUUCCCUUCAAGACUCAUGGUCAGCUGUUCUGGAAUGUAUUUCCCGCCUCGAAUACGCAAUAUCUUGGCCUGCUAUGACUGCAACUAUCAUGCAAGGAUCAAAUCAAGUUUCUAGAGACGCUCUGAUUCAGUCUCUGAGAGAACUGUCUGGAAAACCAACAGAAUGUGUGUUCGCAAAUAGUGUCAAAUUGCCUAGUGAAUCAGUGGUUGAGUUUUUUACUGCUUUGUGCGGUGUGUCAGCAGAGGAAUUAAAACAGAACCCUGCUCGUGUUUUUAGCUUGCGGAAGGUUGUUGAAAUUAGCUAUGAUAAUAUCGGUCGUAUUCAUAUGGUUUGGGCUAGAAUAUGGUCCAUCUUGGCCCAGCAGCUCAUCUUUGCUGGUGGCCAUGCUGAUGAAAAAAUUGCAGUAUAUGCCAUAGAUUCCCUACGCCAACUGAGCAUGAAGUAUCUGGAGCAUGCUGAGCUUGCUAACUUCAGUUUUCAGAAUGAGAUUUUGAAACCAUUUAUUGUUCUGAUGCAAAGCAGCAGAAGUGUAUCCAUACGGAGGCGUAUAUUGGAUUGCAUCGUUCAAAUGAUUAAAUCUAAAUCGGGGAAAAUUAAGUCUGGGUGGCGAAGUGUUUUUGCACUUUUCACCACAGCUGCUGAAGAUGACCUGGAAGCCAUUGUGGAAAGUGCAUUUGAGAAUGUGGAGCAGGUUAUAUUGGAACACUUUAAUCAGGUUGUUGGGGAUUGCUUCAUGGAUUGUGUUAGUUGCUUAGUUGGAUUUGCCAAUAAUAAAUGUUCACUCAGCAUAAGUUUAAAGGCUGUUGCUCUCCUCCGCAUUUGUGAAAAUCGACUUGCAGAGGUGUGUUUUCAAGACAUUUUGACCAAAGAAAACGGAAUUGUUGAUGUAACUGAGCAUUAUUGGUUCCCUAUGCUGGCGGGUCUUUCCGACCUGACUUCCGAUUCGAGGUCAGAGGUCAGGAAUUGUGCACUUGAGGUCUUGUUUGAUUUGCUGAACGAGAGAGGAAGCAAGUUUUCAUCUUCACUUUGGGAGAAUAUAUUCCGAAGAGUCCUUUUUCCCAUCUUUGAUCAUGUGAGACAUGCUUCUGGAAAAGAGAGUUUUAUGUGUUCAGGGGACGAGUGGCUUCGUGAAAGUACUGUUCAUGCACUGCAGUUGCUUUGCGACCUUUUCAACACUUUCUACAAGGAUGUCUGCUUUAUGCUGCCCCCACUGCUCAGUUUGCUGUUAGAUUGUGCCAAAAAAACUGAUCAGUCGGUAGUUUCAAUAGCUUUGGGAGCAUUAGUGCAUCUCAUUGAUGUUGGGGGUCACCAAUUUAGCAACCAAGACUGGGAUACUUUGUUGAAAAGUAUAAGGGAUGCUUCAUACACAACCCAACCACUUGAGCUACUCAAUGAUCUGGGUUUUGAGAAGACGAAACAUCAUACAAUUUUGUCCAGAGACUUAAACAGCUCUCCAUUGGCAUCUUUGAAAACCACUGCUAAUGGAAUCUCACCUGUUCACGGUCAAGAAACAUUGCACACAACUGAUAUGGAGGGAUCGGAAGGCAUGCCAUCACCGUCUAGACGAGCUGAAGGAACCCCUGAUAGUGACAAUCACCUUCCACGUAGUCAAACAUUCGGUCAAAAGAUUAUUGGCAAUCUCUUUGUGAGAAGUUUUUCGUCGAAACCAAAGAACUUUGCAGCUGAUGCAAUAGUGCCAUCUUCUCCAUCUAAGGUUUCUGAUGCUACUAUGGAUACUGACACCGGAAAUGAGGAAAGUCCGAUGUUGGAAACUAUUAGGAGUAAAUGCAUAACACAGCUGUUACUUCUAAGUGCAAUUGAUGGCAUUCAGAAGAAAUACUGGAAUAAGUUGAAUUCGCAACAGAAAAUCACCAUGAUGGAGAUUUUAUUCUCCGUCCUCGAGUUUGCUGCUUUGUACAAUUCAUAUGCUAAUCUCAGAUUGCGAAUGCAUCAAAUUCCCACGGAAAGGGAAAGAUUGAGGUCAAAUUUGCCAAGGCGCCAUGAGGGAUGA